ACUAGUACAGUUACAAGAAGAAGAGGAAUGUCCUCUGCGUAGAGAUUUCAAGCAUGGGCUCAAGAGUAACACGCCUGAUUAGAAACUUUAAUUUAGAGAAUCGCGCUCACCGAGAAAUAAGCAAGGCAAAACCUAAAGCAGCACCACGACAUCAAACAUCAAGCAGUAUUCCACAAGAAGAAAUUGCGGCUACCAGCAUUUCAGAAGAGAUUCACCAGAAGAAUGAUCCACUGCUGUCAAUGCUCAAGGACGUUUAUGUGGAGUCUAAAGAUCCAGUUCCUCAGGCUGAAGCAGUUCCUGUGGCUAAGAAAGUCGAGGAGGAGACGCAGCGCAGGGCGCUAAAGUACAGUCUACCGGGCGAUCCCUAUGGUUUCUGUGAUGUCACUGAUGUUCCGAAAGGCAAAUUGUCGCUUGUGGAAGCUUUAACUGCUCUGAACAAUCACAAACGCAUGCCUAAAACAUGGACUCCAGAGAAGCUGGCACAGGAGUACUCUCUGGACCCAAAAGAUGCCAAAGCACUGACAGAAUUCUUUUUUCCCUUCGACAUCAAAAUCAUUCCACCAAAAACGGAGGAGACCAAGCAGAUUAGGGAUUCUUAGCACAUAGAAACACUGUCGCAUACAGACUCGAGCCGUCUCUGAAACAUGCACAGUGUCUAUCUAAAUACUGUACAUGUGUUUUGACAUGUCGAUUGUAGUGUGUUUGUAUUAUUUGUUUUUGAAGGGCCUGUCAUAACUAUUUAUUAAUAUGUUGUCUCAUUUAAAGCAUGGCAUAUCCCAACAUUUAUUUUAGCAAUAAGGUAAUUAAGAUAAGAUAAUGUGAAACAUUACUGAACUAGAAAUCGUAUGUCAAAUCAGUUCAAUUUCUAGUGUAAAACAUCGGUACAGAUUAUAAUUUUCAUUAAAUAUUAAGAAAUUGGCUCAGAAAUGCUGCAUUAUGUUUGUGUGAACAGCAGCUUCAAGUAAUGCAUCUGUUUUCACUAAAUAAAUCAUUUACAAGGUGAAACAUACAAUUACUCCCUGCCGUUUUACACUUAUCAAUAUUUGUUGUUAAUACGUCUGCACUCCCAGUUGUUAUCAUCAAUGCGAUGUGAGUUUUAUUGUGGUUUAUUAUGAGUUUAACAUAUGUUAAACUCUAUUUUGUCCUACUUUCAGAUGUAUCAUGAUCAGUGAUGACGAAAGUUACUUUUAAAAAUAAUGCAUUACAAUAUUGCAUUACUCCCUAAAAAGGUAACUGAUUACAUAGUUACUUUCUAUGGAAAGUAAUGUGUUGCAUUACUUUUGUGUUACUUUUCCAAUCUAGGCAGUAUAAAAAUGUAUAUUUUUAGCAAAUGUAAAAGCCCUUUCACACCAAACAGUCAGAUGAAUAAGCCCCAGGCUGACGGAAAAGUAAAUUCACGUUUGUACAGAACGCAGGAGAUGAAAUUUCAACACUUUUCAGCAAUAAAAUCAAAGCAGAAAAUAAGCACAAAUGUUAACCUACCUAAAGUAAGUUUUGCUUAUUAAAAUGGCUGAAUUGGUUCAUCA